AUGAAGACCGUACUGCUGGUGAUUGCCGCUUUGGCUGUGGUUAGUGCGGAAUGGAUCGAUAUCGAUUGGUCCCAGGUUAAGCCGAUCGAAGAAUUCGACCACUAUUGGGCUCGUAUACCGCAGGAAUGGCAGUUCUUGCGAAAACUAACACCAUCACGCAGAGUCACGAAUGGGCAGGAGGCCACUCUGGGUCAAUUUCCCUAUCAAGUUGCGUUGCUCAGUAAUUUUGCCGGUGGUACCGGUAUCUGUGGAGCAACCGUUUUGACCAAUAACUACAUCCUGACUGCUGCUCACUGUGUCCAGAACGCUCAAGGAGGAACCGCUAUCAUCGGUGCUCAUGACCGUACCGUCAAUGAGGCAUCUCAGCAGAGAAUUGGAUUCGGAGCAAGUGGCAUUAGAAUCCACGAAGGAUAUAUUCCGACUAACAUCAGAAACGACGUCGCCGUUGUACGCUUGAACAAUCCCAUCGUUUUCGGUAAUUGGGUAACGCCAGUUGGCAUUCCCUAUUGGACCGAUAGCCGUCAUUUUGCGGGACAGACCGGAACUGUAUCCGGAUUUGGACGUUUUUCCGAUUCCAGCACGUCUACCUCCGCCGUAAUUAGAUUCGCUAGUAACCCAAUUCUGACCGAGGCGGACUGUUUGCAGCGUUGGGGCAACAAUGGUAACCUCAUCCAGCCGCAGAAUAUUUGUCUGUCCGGCGAAGGUGGCCGCUCGGCAUGCAAUGGCGACUCCGGCGGUCCGCUGACCAUCACCGAGGAUGGCGACACACUGCAGGUCGGUAUCGUUUCUUUCGGAUCGGCCGCUGGCUGCUCGAUUGGAAUGCCGUCGGUGUAUGCGCGUGUCACACACUUCCGUCAAUGGAUCGUCAACAAUUCCGAUUUUUAG